GUUCCUCUUCCUGAGUAGUGAUCUUUGUUAUGGGGUCAGUUUUCAUCUACAGUCAAACCCUAGUGUAUAGGAGGAGAGUCUUGGAUCUGAUUCCACAGUGUGGAGGGCGCUCCUGUUCAGUGUCCAUUAAGCAGAAGUGUAUGGUCUGAUCCAUUGGCAUCAGUGGCAACAUUUCCUUUGACUUCAGUGAGAUCAGGGAAGAUGUUAAGGCAAAGGUAUUCUUAAACUAGUGUGAUAGUGAGAGGGUCCCAGCACAUCUGCGUUGAGCAGGAUCUUGUGGGGAAAGUGGGAUGUGCACAUGCUGGUGACAUAUCUGCAGAGGGGUGUGGCUCUUGAUUGCUUUGGACAUGACUCCUCCUGCUCUGUCUGCCCAUGCAGUUCCUGAGAGUGACGAAGCAGUACCUUCCCCACGUGGCACGGCUAUGCCUGAUCAGCACCUUCCUGGAGGAUGGUAUUCGCAUGUGGUUCCAGUGGAGUGAGCAGAGGGAUUACAUUGAUAGCACAUGGAACUGUGGCUAUUUCCUGGCCUCCAUUUUUGUGUUCCUAAAUCUCUUCGGACAGCUGAGUGGCUGUAUCCUGGUGCUGAGUAGGAACUUUGUGCAAUAUGCCUGUUUCGGGUUGUUUGGAAUUAUAGCAUUACAGACCAUUGCUUACAGCAUUCUAUGGGAUCUGAAGUUCUUGAUGAGGAACCUUGCCCUUGGAGGAGGCUUGCUGCUGCUUUUGGCUGAGUCACGGUCAGAGGGGAAAAGCAUGUUUGCCGGGGUCCCCACCAUGCGGGAAAGCUCCCCCAAACAGUACAUGCAGCUGGGUGGCCGUGUGCUGCUGGUCCUCAUGUUCAUGACACUGCUACAUUUUGAUGUUAGCUUCUUUUCGAUUCUCCAGAACAUCGUGGGCACAGCCCUGAUUAUCUUAGUGGCAAUUGGCUUUAAGACCAAGCUGGCUGCCUUGACUCUGGUCAUCUGGCUGUUUGCCAUCAACAUCUACUUUAAUGCCUUCUGGACCAUCCCGGCCUACAAGCCCAUGCAUGACUUCCUCAAGUAUGACUUCUUCCAGACCAUGUCUGUCAUUGGAGGGCUUCUCCUGGUGGUGGCGCUGGGGCCUGGUGGCGUCUCCAUGGACGAGAAGAAAAAAGAGUGGUAAUGGGAGCAGAGUAGCUUCCCAGGACACAACAGCUUAGGUCCAGGACUGAUGCUCUGUGGAUUCAACAAAAACUGCCAGCAUUUUACAUAUACCUGCCCCAUCCCCUACCUUCCCAUUAAAGGCACAGAUGUCUUGAAUUUAAUUUACAGUGGCACCAGUAACCUGAUGAUAGAUGAUGAAUCCUACUUCCUCCAGGAACACUGCCUAGGCUUAUUGCUUUGAACUCCUUAGAAUUGGAACUAACCCCAGGAAUCCACAUUUCAAGGAGUACUUCAGUAAUGGCUUUUAAAUUUAAAGUACUGUGAGCACAUCCAGAGCAGUAUCAUUCAGUGUGCUAUUUGGUUAUUUUUUUCAGUUUCCUUUUUAACUAUCAAGUGAAUUCCCUAUUUCCCCUUGAACUAAAAAUCCUCUUGUGUGUAUAAAAUCCAGCCACAGGUUAGAACAUUGUUUAAGUGGAGAGUUAAGACAUUUGGUUUUUAAAAAAUUACAGUAUUUUAUAUACCCAGGCUUAAGCAAGGGGAAGGCCUUUCCACACCCAAAGACAGAGAGAGGGAAGAAAAGGAAUGUCAGAUAUAGCUGCAUCCUUCUCUAGGUGAGGAAAGGCGGGGAGCGGCAUUUCCUGCAAUGAAAAUUAACUGUCACAUUUCUGUUCCGGAGUGGAACCAGGGUAGCAGUGGUUUUAUGUUGCUUGAAAGAGUUAAGAUGUUAGAAGCAGGUUAGUAGGAACGGUCUCAAGACUUCAAUUUUCAAAAGUGUGCCAAAAUCAAUCCUUUCAGCAUUUUUUCACCCACCCAUCCAACAAGGCUCCGACUCCCACAAAGCUCCUUUCAGCACCCAACCAGUAUUUAGCUAGGUGGCUCCAGGUUCUUUCAAUUGAAGCAGAAGCUGGUGGAACCAGUAUUUGUGGUGCUGUGGAAGACCCUGUUCCUGGCACUGAAAAGCAGAUGCUCAUAUGCUGAGCAUUUCAUAAUGCAUGUAGGUUCACAUCACCUCAGCAGUGGGUUCAGAGCUGUCUGAUCUCCCAGCCUGCAGCACUCUUUGCUUUUUUGAUCCAUUUCUGCCAUCUUGUUAGAUGCUGUUGCUCAGUGAAAAAUAAAAUUUUG